UUUUAUGGUAGCUCGCAAACUAGCAAACUUGCAUGUUAAGCUAGACGUGAGUAUCAAAAUGCUUCUACAGACGGCCCGACCGUGGAUAUUACGAUGCAGGAGUCUACCUGUGGCUGCAACAAGAUCUUACUACGCUGAUAAAGUAGCUCGACUCGGCUCGCAGCCCGACAAACAGUCUUCUGAAUAUCAGGAGAAUUAUGAGCGAAUGACAGUUCUUAUUGAUGAGCUGAAAAGCCGCACAGAGAAGAUUAAACUGGGUGGGGGAGAAAAAGCAAGAAGACUUCAUACUUCACGUGGGAAACUGCUACCUAGAGAGCGCAUAGACAGACUGCUGGAUCCAGGGACUCCUUUUUUGGAAUUCUCUCAGUUUGCAGCGUAUGAACUGUAUGGAAAAGAAGAAGUCCCAGCAGGCGGUAUAAUUACGGGGAUCGGUCGAGUUUCAGGGGUGGAAUGUGUGAUAGUUGCAAAUGAUGCUACUGUCAAAGGGGGAACGUACUACCCGGUGACAGUGAAGAAACACCUUCGUGCACAGGAAAUGGCCCAGCAGAACCACCUGCCAUGCAUUUAUUUAGUGGAUUCUGGAGGAGCCAAUCUACCCAGACAGGCAGACGUCUUUCCAGACAGAGAUCACUUUGGACGGAUUUUCUACAACCAGGCCAGGCUGUCUUCAGAGGGGCUAUCACAGAUUGCCGUUGUGAUGGGCUCGUGUACUGCUGGUGGAGCGUAUGUCCCUGCCAUGGCAGAUGAGAGCAUCAUAGUGCGGAAACAAGGGACCAUUUUCCUUGGAGGACCUCCAUUGGUUAAAGCCGCCACUGGGGAAGAAGUUUCUGCAGAAGACCUCGGUGGUGCUGAUCUUCACUGCAAAAAAUCUGGUGUGACCGACCACUACGCUUUAGAUGAUAACCACGCACUUCAUCUAGCGAGAAAGGCCGUGAGAAGCCUGAACUACAGGAAAAAUAUCGAAGUAACUACAGAACCGACUGAAGCACCGCUUUACCCCGCUGAUGAACUCUACGGCAUCGUCGGAGCUAAUUUGAAACGCAACUUUGACGUCAGAGAGGUCAUUGCCAGAAUCGUAGAUGGCAGUAAGUUUGAUGAGUUUAAGGCUUUCUAUGGAGACACGCUUGUCACAGGAUUUUCUAGAAUAUUUGGUUAUCCUGUCGGAAUCAUUGGCAACAAUGGAGUCUUGUUUUCAGAGUCGGCAAAAAAGGGGACGCAUUUCAUCGAGUUAUGCUGCCAACGAAACAUUCCGCUUAUUUUCCUCCAAAACAUUACAGGCUUCAUGGUGGGCAGAGAGUAUGAAGCAGGGGGAAUUGCCAAAGAUGGAGCCAAGAUGGUCACUGCAGUGGCUUGUGCCAACGUGCCCAAGAUGACAGUCAUCAUUGGCGGCUCCUACGGUGCAGGAAACUACGGCAUGUGUGGCAGAGCCUACAGCCCUCGAUUCCUGUACAUGUGGCCAAAUUCCCGUAUCUCGGUAAUGGGCGGUGAACAGGCAGCCACCGUCCUGGCCACCAUCACCAAGGAUCAGAAGGCUCGCGAGGGAAAGGAGUUUACAGCCGAACAAGAGGCGGCCAUGAAGGCGCCGAUAGUGCGGCGGUUUGAAGAGGAAGGCAGUCCGUACUACUCGAGUGCCAGACUGUGGGAUGACGGGAUUAUCGAUCCUGCUGAUACUCGACUGGUUUUGGGACUGAGCCUCAGUGCAGCGCUGAAUGCACCAACGAAGAAGACACGGUUCGGAGUGUUCCGGAUGUAACGCUCCUUUAACAUGUUCAGGUGUAAGUUUAAACCUGCUUGUCAGAGCCAGACGUGUUCUGUACUUUAACUUGUCUUUGUAGUUUUACUAAACAGAUUAACAGCAAAAAAAAAAAAGA